AUGGUCGAAAACAUUCCGGCGAGUACAUCGGGAGGGAAACGAAAUCUACGCAGUAUACUGAUCGAUGACUGCGUGGCUGUGGAAAAUGGACACAUGAGCGAAAAAUAUGAUCCGGGGAACUUCAUCCGGCACAUACGAACGGCUUACCCAGUGUUGGCUAAGUCAUGUGGACUCAUGCAAGAAGAAGCUGCAGCUCCAUCGAAGCAAAAAAAAAUUACAAAAGUUCCAGUAAUCAUCGACCGACAAAAAUUAUUAGAAGGCAUGAUAAAAUUGAUAUGCAUGCAUAAUGUACCCAUGCUCUGCGUAGAAUGGGAAGGUUUGAGGAUAAUCCUUCAACCAAUAUGUGAUGCAUUAAAAAUUCAGCUGAAUCGUCAGAACCUUGUCUGCCACCUAGGAGCUGCUGCAGGAAAAGUUCGGAGUGAAAUAUCCUCGGUAGUUAAAGGAAAACUACUUUGCCUCAAGAUCGACAGUGCAACCCGGCUCGGACGACACAUAUUAGGUGUUAACAUACAAUUUUAUGACACAAUGAAAAAGGAUAUUGUUAUUUACACCAUAGGUAAUACGUCUUACAAAAUUACAAAUUAUUAUCAAACUGAGCGUGAGGAACUAUUCAGUGACCUGGGCCAACAGUACCCGGAGCUAGGUUACCUUAUGGAACAAUGGCAAUUCGUAAAAGAAUAUGUUGAAGCGUUUGAGCCAGUGUACAUAGCAACGAAAAAGAUGCAGGCUGUACAUACAUCAUUAAAUGAAUUUUAUUUAACGUGGAUGAAGACUAUCAUGCAGAUUAGUUUAAUUCAAAACAAUAGAUUUGUUGAGGCUCUAACUCAAGCCCUGAAACAGCGACUUAAAGUUCUCAAAGAAAACAUCGUAGUAAAAUCAGCACUACUUAUAGAUCCUAGGAUGAAUUAUUUGAAUUCCAGGUUUUUUGGCCCGGAAGAGAAGGAGGAAAUUCGUGUAAGUGUUUCAAUUCGACUUGAACACAAUAAGUUUCAAUUAUUUUGUUAAGUUUUACAAAAGUUUUACUAUUUUUAAUU